CGGCCUGCAACGUGUCAUUAAUGGCUUCCGACACCUUGUCUUAUUUGUAUUCUCCUGGUUACCCGGAUUCUUAUGAAAGUAACGUCACCUGCAACUGGGGAAUUUUUUCUAAAGAUCGCAAUAUGAGGAUUCAAGUAACUGUUCAACUUGAAAAUGAUCUCGAGAAUUGUUCUUCCACUGGUGUUUUGAAAUUACGUGACACUUUUUCAUCUCAAGAAAUUGUAUUAUGCAAUUAUGCACAUCCAACCAACAUUACGGUUCAUGCGCUAGUCAGCUUCCCGAUGGGGAUUACGCUCCAUUCUGGCCCUGACGAACUCGGACCUGCCUUCCGCAUCUCAUACCAACAGGUGGCAGCACCAACCACAAGCUAUCCUGUUCUUACGAGACCCUGCAAUGACACAUAUCUGACAGCGACAGGAACAGAGCAGUACAUUUCAUCGCCAGGUUAUCCUUACCCAUAUUUGCCGAAUCUGGAAUGUGUCUGGUACAUCACAGCGCCCCGUGGGAAGAUGAUACAUGUGCAAGUCGUGGCUUCAGAGGUGGAAUACUCUACCGGAUGUCCUUUUGACAAAGUCGAGGCAUACGACGGUGCUACAGUUCAAAGUUCUCUUCUUGAAACCUGGUGUGGUGACAGAGCCCCGACGUUUCAAAGUACAGGAAAUGCCAUGUUACUUCGGUUCACAACUGAUCCAAGUCUCGCUGAAAGUGGUUUCCGGCUGAAGUAUUCAAUGACAGAAAUACCCUAUGUGUGUGCCACCAACGUCACUGUAACGCGAUCGCAAACGAUGAUCUAUUCGCCAAUGUAUCCUGUUCGUUAUCCAAGGAAUCUAAAUUGUUUGUGGGACUUAACAACAGAAUAUGGCUCCAACAUCAAAUUGAUGGUAAUGGAAAGCAAUUUGCAAUCAUACUGUACUCGGGAUUACAUUGCUCUUUAUGACGAUUCGGGGGAAGUAGGUUCGUUCUGUGAAAAUAACUACCAAAACUACAUAAGUUCAGGGAGCAAAAUGAGAAUACGAUUCUACUCUGGGAGUUUCGGGUCCUCCGGUACGGGAUUCAAGUUGGCUGCUACUGGUGGUUAUUACAAAGUUUGUGGGAAGUCAACACUGAGUGCUGAGUCUUCCAGUAACGAUUUCACAUCGCCUCGGUAUCCCUUUCAUUAUCCAAACAAUGCCGACUGCAUAUGGGUCAUUUCAACAUAUUACUCUAACUAUUUCAUUACUUUGGAAGUUGUGAAUUCUGAUAUUGAAAAUUCGGCUGGCUGCUUGAAAGACUACCUUGAGGCGUUUGAUGGAAGGAACACAUUUGAACAAUCUCUAGGACGCUGGUGUGGAAUGUUUACCCCGACAAAGAAAAGUUCUUCCGGGUCCAUGACAGUUCUCUUUCAUACUGACGAAUCUUACACCAAGAGUGGUUUUCAAAUAUCAUACUACUCGAAUCUAAAGAACAAAGAAGAUGAGGAAACUGGCAAUGUCAAUGAUGCUGCACUUUGGGGAGGCUUGGCUGGAGGCGGGUUCCUGCUUGCUAUAGUUAUUCUUUGUGGAAGGUCAUAUAAGAAGCGAAAGUUAUCACAAAGGGCUCAAAGAGAUGUGAGAAGAAGACCUGCACAUGUGAUGGGAUCAGUCGGGCAACUCUCUGUCCCAACCCCUAACUAUACUGUAGCGUACAGUCAGCAACAAGUUUCAAUCCAGCCAGAGAACACAGGGGAAUUCUACAAUGCAGCUAUGUUUGACCUUCCGCCAUCUUACGAUGAAGUCAUAAAGAAUAACAUUGAAUUUCAGGUAUCAACAUGUGACAAUAGUGUUCCCGAUAGCGGUACAACGAACAGCACUACAACAGAGAGCCCAGCUGAAGACACAAGGUUGUAGCUACAGUGAUAGUGUCAAUUAUAAAUUGUCAUUAACUAAUAAUCGAGGACAGCAAUUAGUAGAAUAUACAUAAUAAAUUGACGGAUAAAAGACUUGACGGUGGCUAAAAAUGAAACAAGCAAGAAAUGGUUAUUCGAUGGUGCUGGUAUUUGAUACGGGUAUCAUUGUUGUGUUUUGGAAAUUAAGUUUACAUUUUGUGUGUGACUGUUGUCAGCCUAGUAGCGUUUUUAUAACGUAUGUGAUUUAUUGGUCAAAUCCAAUUUUCAAGUGUAUGCUUUCUUUUGCCCGGCAUUUUAUAUAUCCAUCAUCCCCCACAGCCGGCCAUUGACUAUGGAGUACUAGUCAAUGUUAUGUUGCCGACAAGCGUCAAUCCAGACAGUCAAACUUAAGAAAUUGCUUUAGACGCUUAUGGUCAAGUGCCACAAUGUUUAUUAUAUAAGUUCACAAUAGUUGUGCAACGAACGUUGAUUCAACAGAUGAGACAAGGCUGUGGCAGCCGGGGUCGCAUCUGACUGAUACUUGGGUGUACAGUUCACUAAAAAUAUCAAUACAAACUGUCAUCCUACAAAUGAGUGACUUGUAUAAGGAUUUCAAACUUAAAAAAGUAAUUUAUAUAUUCGGGUAAUACAGGAGUGUUGAAUACAAUAAACGUAUCAGAACAAACCAUCUUCUUUCUAACCAGUGACGCAAUGAACUGCUACUGCAGCAGCACUAUGAACGGUAUUGAAGUUCAGGGUUUUUGACUGGCAUCUGCGUCAAUCGAACGGUGACAGUUCAACAACAUGCCAAGAUUAACAGAUGUGCAAAGAAACAACGUCAUAAGCCGCUUGCAGGCAUGGGAAUCCCGAUCCGCUGUAGCCAAGGUUUUCAAUGCAGUGCUCAGCACCAUCACAGUGCUUUUGGGACGGUUUCAACAGCAUGGGUAAACGCGUGAUCGACCAAGGUCGGGACCUAGAGAAACAACCCCCUCCCAAGAUCGCUACAUCCAUCUGCGCCACCUACAUGAAAGGAUCUCGGAUCGGACGACCACAGCCACCUCAACCGCAUCCCAAAUACCCGCACUGCGCAGAAUCUCCGAGCAGACCGUGCGAAACCGUUUAAGAGCAGCAGGUCUACGAGCAAGACGUCCUGUUCGACGCGUCAUAUCGAGUCGAGAACAUCGUCAACUGCAUUGUCGUCGUCAACACGGGGUAUGGCUUCAACUACGAUGGUGAGAUGUCUGGUUGAGUGAGGAAUCAAGAUUUCUCCUCCGUCGAGGGGAUGGAAGAGCACGGGUCUACAGACGUCGGGGAGAACGUUACGCCUGAAACUGCGUACAGGGGGUGGACAGGUUUGGUGGGGGUAGCGUUAUGACGUGGGCGGCUAUCUUUCAUCAUGGCAGGACUGGUUUGGUCCAUAUCCAGGUCAAUCUUACGACUCAACGAUACAUCCACGAAAUUCUCCUACCACACGUCCUCCAAUUGCAGCCAACGGCAACAGUGUAUUAUAGCAGGACAACGCUCGACCGCAUACAGCACGGAUCACAAGAGCCUGUCUACACAACAACAAGGUUGAUAUUCUCCCCUGGCCCACCAGAUUCCCGGAUUUGAAUCUGAUAGAGCACCUGUGGGAUGGAUUGGAUAGACGGCAACGCCGACGUCAACCACAACCCACGACGUUGCAACAGUUGACUUUGGCGUUGCAGGCCGGGUGGGCUACCAUUCCCCGGGAUGUGAUUCGCAUAGCCGUCUCUUCUAUGGGCAGGAGAUGUCAGACCGCUAUUGAUUCCAAUGGAGGAAACACGCGUUAUUGAUUGAAGCUGACCUUCACCUUGGACUUUUCUAUGUACCGAUAACUGAGAUGACUACAAUAACCAAGUGUUCUAUCCACAAAACUUUGGGCUCAAUACCUUAUACGGUUCCUCGUAUAAAUGUUGUUGUUUUUUCUACCUUUCUUUUUUUGAAGAGUAUAUAACACAAUGUACAAUGUACAAAUAGUUCGAUUAAAUGGACAAUCUACGCCUUGGUUUGUGUUGAAUGGUGAACAAAAAAGUGAAAGUAUUUUUAAAUCUUGUCAUUUUAUCUUCAUCCUUAAAGAGGCUGACAGGCUGUACAGAAUGUUCAUGUCUCAUAUAAGAAAUAAACGAUUCGUGGUCGUUGUGUAUCAUACAUUAUAAACCUCCAGUGACGUCAUCCUAUUGUUCUCAAGACAAGUUAAAUCUCAUAAACAGGGAUGUAUAAUAUCGCUGGGAUUUUAGUAAUACAACUUCCGUUUAUAUUGUAAGAUAUGAAUGUUUCUGGCUUGAAAUAUAUUUUGCAUGUUAACACAAUGUCAUGAAAUAUAAAAUUCAAAUAACAAAUCUUUUCUUUAUAUUCGCGCGUAUCGAACACGUAACCUUCGUAUAUAGUAGCCCAUUGAGUGUGCGUACCACACCAUUACAAACGUGCUGAUAAAUCACAAUGUUUUUAAGAAUGUCGAUUUCAAGCCAGCAACAGAUAGUUAACGCCCGUUUCCUCGGGUUGAUGGAAAGUAUGUUUGAAACAUAAAAAUGUUGACAAAUGUU